AUGGUCGGCACUGCAACCAAGGACGCUCCCAAGGAGCCGGCCCACGUUCCCGCUGCUGUCUCUGAUCUUCACUGUUUUACAGAGACAGAAGGCAUCGUGACCACCACCAUGAUGGACCUGCCUGGAUACCGUGUCGUCCGUGUGCUUGGGGCCGUCUACGGCCUCACCGUCCGCUCCCGCAACAUCGCCGCUGGCCUGGGCAUGGUCUUCAAGUCCCUCGCGGGCGGCGAGCUGCAGUGGUUCACCUCCAUGCUCUACUCGUGCCGCAACGACUCGCUCACCCGCUGCGUCGCCGAGUGCAAGGCCCGCGGCGGCAACGCCAUCAUCUGCCUGCGCUUCGAUGCCGCGGACCUCGGCGGGUUCGCGCAGACCUGUGCCUACGGGACCGCUUGCAUUGUCGAGAAGAUCCCGGAGGCCCGUGCUGUGGCUUCGCAGCUCGAGCAGACGCCUGCCUGA